AUGGCAAGCCUGGCAGGUGCCGCCGCGCGGAAGACCUUCCGCGAGCUUCACGGAGUUGUCGUGACGGCGGGUCUCAUGCAAAGGACAGUAAAGGUCCGCGUAGGAGGGCAGAAGUGGAACGGCAAGGUCCAGAAAUUCUUCGACGACCCAAAGACCUACCUCGUGCACGACCCCAACGACUCCCUCCGGGCCGGCGACGUCGUCGCCAUCACGCCCGGCUGGAGGUCGUCCAAGCAGAAGCGCCACGUCGUCAAGCACAUCAUAGCCCCCAGCGGGACCCCAGUCGAGGAGCGGCCGCCGGUCCCGACCGAGGACGAGAGGUGGGACGCAAAGGUCGCCAAGAAGCAGGCAAAGGACGGGAGGAGGGCCGCGAGGAGAGAGGCCGAGCUGGCGCAGCAGAGGUCGGCGUCGCCGCGGAGGGCGAAGAGAACGUCGUCGGCCGGGUCCGCAGAACCCGCCGCCACCAGCAUCAGCGACGUUGAUUGA